GUGAGAGAAAAGCUCAAUAUGUGCGCUUCUUUGUAUACGGCUGGGUUGUGAGCUUCGCAGGAGCUUCAGGAUUUUCACUUGUUCCAUGAAACAUCCAAUUAAAUAAUCCGUAUACGAAGGAAUUUUAUAGCCAGUGAUAGAGAGGAAAGGAUUCUGGACUGCCCAGUAGUGACGGGGGCCCAGCUCUGCACUGUUGUACCACCCAGGCAAAGCGGGUCUGAACACAUUAACACAUCUGAACUAACUGGACUCCGUGCUGUCAGCAGUUAAGCCCAGUACAAGCGGCCAUUCUUGCAUGUGUGGAUCCUGAAGUGUUCUUCCCUGCCGACUGACGGGCCAGACAGCAUACCCCCCCGGGCUUCCGACAGUCAGGCACUGGACCAGGGAGAGUUUGGUCUGAGACACUGGUACCUGUACUGGACUAUACAGACUAUAUUUGGACUGACCCACCAGUGAUAUCAGCAGUUCUGGCUAACGUCUUCCCUGAAGACAACAUGAGCCCUCUUGACCUCUACAACCCUUCCAACAGCACAGCCGACGUAGAUACAGCGCCAGGCAACGCUGACGCCAUCUCCGCUCACUGGCAGCAAGGCAUGCUGGGUAAUGACAGCUACCCCGACAGGCCAGGGUUCCAUACUGACAUCACAAAACAUGUUGCGGUCCAAGCGACUCUAAUCAUAGCUUAUUGUCUGAUCAUCUUGCUAGGCCUUGUCGGCAACGCCCUUGUCAUCUACAUGAUCAUCCGCUUCAGGAACAUGAGGACUGUCACUAACUUCUUCAUAGCUAACCUGGCCUUGGCUGACCUGUUGGUGAACUCGCUGUGCCUGCCGUUCACGCUGGUUUACACGUUGCUGGAUGAGUGGAAGUUCGGCGCGGUGCUGUGUCACAUGGUCCCCUACGCCCAGGCGCUGAGCGUUCACGUGUCAAUCCUGACGCUGACCAUCAUCGCUCUGGAGCGCUACAGGUGCAUCGUUUUCCACCUGGGCCAACGACUCACCUGGCGUAGCAGCCUCCUCAUCAUGGCGCUCACCUGGACGCUGUCCGCCGUGCUGGCCGGCCCGCUGGCCAUCUUCAGGGAGUACCGCCAGGAGGAGAUCCCGUCCAUCAACCUGAGGAUGUCGGUCUGCUCCGAGAAGUGGCCCAACGGCAGUCACCGUGACGGGGUGAUCUACAGCCUCUCGAUGCUCCUCCUGCAGUACGUGGUCCCGCUGGCUAUCAUCAGCUACGCCUACAUCUGCAUCUGGGUGAAGCUCAAGAACCACGUGAGCCCGGCGAGCCGCAUUGACGCCGUCCAGCGCAGGAAGAAGACUACCAAGAUGUUGGUUAUGGUUGUUGUAGUCUUUGCAACCUGCUGGUUGCCCUUCCACGUCUUCCAGCUGGCCAGCGACCUGGACCUGGUGCUCAGCCUUAAACAGUACAAGCUGAUCUACACCCUCUUUCACAUCGUAGCCAUGUGCUCCACCUUCGCCAACCCGAUCCUCUAUGGCUGGAUGAAUAAAAACUACAGGAACGGGUUUCUCAUGGUGUUCAGGUGUGAGAAUAAACCAGACAGUAUUCACCCAGAGGGAUCCUUUAAGACCAGGUCUCUGCGGAGAAUGUCUCUGAACGGAAGGAACGGAGGACACCCUCCCACAGCCGUCUGAUUGGUUGAUAGAACAGCCAUCCGAGGCUGCUUUUUGGGGUCAUAUUGGAAAAAAUGGAAACCAAUCCAUACUGCUGCACUUAUCAAAGACGCUACACAACAAUGUUGACUAGGGGAGUUUUCCCUGGUAUAAAGGGAUAUUAGCGGCCACUUAGAGAUUUCCUUAAUAUGAAGGGAUGUUUGUGCCCACUUAAAGUGAAGCUGAGGCUGCUGUAAAAAGAAGUAAGCUUUGUUUGGGAUUGAAAGGCUCAUAGCACAGGAGCCAAUUUCAUGCUUGUGUAAAGUAAGCCAGAAUGGCCCAUAGGACAGAAGCCUGCUUCUGGAACCUGAGACAGCUUGAUGUACAAGUGAAACUAAACCAGACAGUAUUUACACAGAGGGCUUGUUCAAGACCAGUGGCCUGAUUUAUUAACCGUACAUAAAUAUCUCACUAAAUACUGGCGCAAGAGGGGUUCCAAAGAUGAUUGGGAUUCAUCAAACUGCUGCAACCAACCAGACACGCAGGUUUCUGUUGAUGAAUGCUAUAAUUCUGCGCAUGUGAACAAGUGUUACAACCACGCCUGGAAAAUGUCCUAGGUUCACCUUUCAUGGUGACAAAAAGCCUGUCAUUCGUUGUGUGAUUUGGUUAUGUUGGAACUGCUGUUUCUUAAAGACAGAGCAACAGCAAAAUAUAAAUCAUUCUUUUAGUGGUGUGGGGAGGUUUUAGUCUUUUUCUUUUUCAAAUUAAACAUGCAUGUCUGCUAUUAGUGCCAAACAGUGACCUUGGAGUCUGCAAUUGCACAGCAAGACAGUAGCCUACAUGUAGUCAAACAGCCUCAUUUGACUUACUGGGAUGUUUAUAUUCUUUCAGUGUUGGCUUGAAUGAGCGAUGGGGUAUUGCUGAUAUUUGUUCAUAGGGAAUAAAACACUGAAUGUUAGGAAUGGAGGGGAAGGAAACUCUCUGAGCGCAUUCUGAUUUUACUGAUUGUUGGAUUGAUUGAUUGAUUGAUUAAACUCCCAACAGUGGCAGGGUUAUGGAUGGAGAUUAGUGCCAACAGAAAGGGAAGCUCAAUUGGAGCACUUAUUCUUGUUAAAGCAGCUCAUCAGGGAUAGAUAGAAAGAUAGAAUAGAUAUAGAUAGAACGAUAGAAAAAAUAUAGAUAGAAAGAUAAAUUAGAUGACCUCACAAUCAGCUGUUGUUCCCCUACAGGGGUGUAACUGUUUGCCAAAACUACGGUUUGGUGAAUAAAGUGGUUUUGGAAGCCCGGGCCAUAAUGCCUGAUGAGUGGACAAUCAAGAAAACCUACAUUUAAUAUUUUAGGAAAAUGUAAAACUUAGAAUUACAAAUUCAGGUAGGUUCCUCCCUCUUUUGAUAUGUGUGCUUCUAAAACAUUUUGUUAGGUGAAGUCAGGACGCCCCCGGAUGUGUUCUUUUGUUACCCUCAUAACCAUGUGUAACUGUAGCAAGUAAAAAUACAGGUCUGGAAAAAAUUAAGAGACCACUGCACCUUUUUUUUCCUU